ACCGGCGGCAGCGGCCUCUGAAGCGGGCUGGGGCUCGGGGGGCGCCGAGUUUGAGUAGUUUGGGGGCCGCUCGGCGCCUGGCGUUGCUCCCGCUGCCUGCCGCGCCCCGCGAGCCGCGCGUCGGCCGGACCGAGCGCUUCCCGCCCGUUCCCGCGGGGCCCCGCACUGGCGGCUGGGCGGCGCUCGGCGAAAGUUGGCCCCUCACGGGCUGGCGGGCGGGCGGGCCGGCGGGCGCGGCCAUGGAGCCCCGCAGCAUGGAGUACUUUGGCGCCCAGGUGCAGCAGAAGGACGUCGGCGGGCGCCUGCAGGUCGGCCAGGAGCUGCUGCUCUACCUCGGCGCCCCCGGCGCCAUCCCGGACCUGGAGGAGGACCUGGGCCGCCUGGGCAAGACGGUCGACGCGCUCACUGGCUGGGUGGGCUCGAGCAACUACCGGGUUUCAUUAAUGGGAUUGGAAAUUUUAAGUGCCUUUGUGGACAGAUUAUCAACACGAUUUAAGUCCUAUGUAGCAAUGGUUAUUGUAGCUUUAAUAGACAGAAUGGGAGAUGCCAAAGACAAGGUUCGAGAUGAAACCCAGACUCUGAUAUUGAAGUUAAUGGAUCAAGUAGCAUCACCUAUGUACAUUUGGGAACAGUUGACUUCUGGUUUUAAACACAAGAAUUUUCGAUCUCGAGAAGGCGUGUGUCUGUGUCUUAUUGAAACCUUAAACAUUUUUGGGGCUCAGCCACUAGUCCUCAGCAAGUUGGUACCACAUUUGUGUAUCCUAUUUGGAGAUUCCAACAGUCAGGUGAGAGAUGCUGCAAUAUUGGCUAUAGUGGAGAUUUAUAGACAUGUGGGAGAGAAAGUGAGAGUGGACCUUUGUAAGAGAGGAAUUCCUUCUGCUAGAUUAGAAAUGAUAUUUGCCAAAUUUGAUGAAGUGCAAAAUUCAGGCGGUAUGAUUUUGAGUUUCUGCAAAGAUAAAAGCUUUGAUGAUGAAGAAUCAGUGGAUGGAAAUAGGCCAUCAUCAGCUGCUUCAGCCUUCAAGGUUCCUGCACCUAAAACAUCCGGAAAUCCUGUCAACAGUGCAAGGAAGCCUGGUUCAGCAGGUGGCCCUAAGGUUGGAGCAGGUGCUUCUAAGGAAGGAGGUGCUGGAGCAGUUGAUGAAGAUGAUUUUAUAAAAGCUUUUACAGAUGUCCCUUCUAUUCAGAUCUAUUCUAGUCGAGAACUUGAAGAAACAUUAAAUAAAAUCAGGGAAAUUUUGUCAGAUGACAAACAUGACUGGGAUCAGCGUGCCAAUGCACUUAAAAAAAUUCGAUCAUUGCUUGUUGCUGGAGCUGCACAAUAUGAUUGUUUUUUCCAACAUUUACGCUUGUUGGAUGGAGCACUUAAACUUUCAGCUAAAGAUCUUAGAUCCCAAGUGGUUAGAGAAGCUUGCAUUACUGUAGCCCAUCUUUCAACAGUUUUGGGAAAUAAGUUUGAUCAUGGCGCUGAAGCCAUUGUACCUACGCUUUUUAAUCUCGUCCCCAAUAGUGCAAAAGUCAUGGCAACUUCUGGAUGUGCAGCAAUCAGAUUCAUCAUUCGGCAUACUCAUGUACCCAGACUUAUACCUUUAAUAACAAGCAAUUGCACAUCAAAAUCAGUUCCUGUGAGGAGGCGUUCAUUUGAAUUUUUAGAUUUGUUGUUACAGGAGUGGCAGACUCAUUCAUUGGAAAGACAUGCAGCUGUCUUGGUUGAAACUAUUAAGAAGGGAAUUCACGAUGCUGAUGCUGAGGCCAGAGUGGAGGCAAGAAAGACAUAUAUGGGUCUUAGAAACCACUUCCCUGGUGAAGCAGAAACGUUGUAUAAUUCCCUUGAGCCCUCUUAUCAGAAAAGUCUUCAAACUUACUUGAAGAGUUCUGGCAGUGUAGCAUCUCUUCCACAAUCGGACAGAUCCUCAUCUAGCUCACAAGAAAGUCUCAAUCGCCCUUUUUCUUCUAAAUGGUCUACGGCAAACCCAUCAACUGUGGCUGGAAGAGUAUCAGCAGGCAGCAGCAAAGCCAGUUCUCUUCCAGGAAGCCUUCAGCGUUCACGAAGUGACAUUGAUGUGAAUGCUGCUGCUGGUGCCAAGGCACAUCAUGCUGCUGGGCAGUCUGUACGAAGCGGGCGGUUAGGUGCAGGUGCCCUGAAUCCAGGUUCCUAUGCAUCAUUAGAGGAUACUUCUGACAAGAUGGAUGGAACAGCAUCUGAAGAUGGCCGAGUGAGAGCAAAACUUUCAGCACCAUUCGCUGGCAUGGGAAAUGCCAAGACAGAUUCUAGAGGAAGAAGUCGAACAAAAAUGGUGUCUCAGUCACAGCGUUCAUCAUCACCUGACAAAAAUGAAGCUGGCAGCCGGUCUGGGUCUCCAGGAAGAGUUCUGACCACAACAGCCCUCUCUACUGUGAGCUCUGGUGUUCAAAGAGUCCUGGUCAAUUCAGCCUCAGCACAGAAGAGAAGCAAGAUACCACGGAGCCAGGGCUGUAGCAGAGAGGCUAGUCCAUCUAGGCUCUCAGUGGCCCGAAGCAGUCGUAUUCCUCGACCAAGUGUGAGUCAAGGGUGCAGCCGGGAAGCCAGUCGGGAGAGCAGCAGAGAUACAAGUCCUGUUCGCUCUUUUCAGCCCCUUGGUCCAGGGUAUGGGAUCAGCCAGUCGAGCCGACUAUCAUCUUCUGUCAGUGCCAUGCGAGUCCUGAACACAGGUUCCGAUGUGGAGGAGGCGGUAGCAGAUGCCUUGAAAAAACCAGCUCGAAGGAGAUAUGAAUCAUAUGGAAUGCAUUCAGAUGAUGAUGCCAACAGUGAUGCAUCUAGUGCUUGUUCAGAACGCUCCUAUAGUUCUCGAAAUGGUAGUAUUCCUACAUAUAUGAGACAGACAGAAGAUGUGGCAGAAGUCCUCAAUAGAUGUGCUAGUUCCAACUGGUCAGAAAGGAAGGAAGGCCUCCUCGGUCUGCAGAACUUACUAAAAAAUCAGAGAACGCUAAGUCGAGUUGAACUGAAAAGAUUAUGUGAAAUUUUCACAAGAAUGUUUGCUGAUCCUCAUGGCAAGAGAGUGUUCAGCAUGUUUUUGGAGACACUGGUGGACUUCAUACAAGUCCACAAAGACGAUCUUCAAGAUUGGUUGUUUGUACUGCUGACACAACUACUAAAAAAAAUGGGUGCUGAUUUACUUGGGUCUGUUCAGGCAAAAGUUCAGAAAGCCCUUGAUGUUACGAGAGAAUCUUUUCCAAAUGAUCUUCAGUUUAAUAUUCUAAUGAGAUUUACAGUUGAUCAGACCCAAACACCAAGCUUGAAGACAGUCAAGCCAGCACUUCGGGACCAACUUCACUCUUUUUGGAGCUCCAAGGUGAAAGUUGCUAUCCUUAAAUACAUAGAAACUCUGGCCAAACAGAUGGAUCCAGGAGAUUUUAUAAAUUCCAGUGAAACUCGCCUGGCAGUGUCUCGGGUCAUCACUUGGACAACAGAACCCAAAAGUUCGGAUGUUCGGAAGGCAGCACAAUCAGUGCUGAUUUCCUUAUUUGAACUCAAUACCCCAGAGUUUACAAUGUUAUUAGGAGCUUUACCAAAAACCUUUCAAGAUGGUGCUACCAAGCUUCUUCAUAAUCACCUUCGAAAUACUGGGAAUGGAACCCAGGGUUCCAUGGGGAGUCCUUUGACAAGACCGACACCACGUUCACCAGCCAACUGGUCCAGUCCUCUUACUUCUCCUACCAAUACAUCACAGAAUACUUUAUCUCCAAGUGCGUUUGAUUAUGACACAGAAAAUAUGAACUCUGAAGAUAUUUAUAGCUCCCUUAGAGGUGUCACUGAAGCAAUUCAGAAUUUCAGCUUCCGUAGUCAAGAAGAUAUGAAUGAGCCGUUGAAAAGGGACUCUAAAAAAGAUGAUGGCGAUUCAAUGUGUGGCGGUCCUGGGAUGUCCGACCCAAGAGCAGGAGGUGAUGCUACUGAUUCAAGCCAAACAGCCCUUGAUAAUAAAGCUUCAUUGCUCCAUUCGAUGCCUGCUCAUUCCUCUCCACGCUCCCGAGACUAUAAUCCAUAUAACUAUUCAGAUAGCAUCAGUCCCUUCAAUAAGUCUGCCCUCAAGGAAGCCAUGUUUGAUGACGAUGCCGAUCAGUUUCCUGAUGAUCUUUCCCUAGACCAUUCUGACCUGGUGGCUGAAUUGUUGAAGGAGUUGUCUAACCAUAAUGAACGUGUAGAAGAAAGAAAAAUCGCCCUCUAUGAACUCAUGAAACUGACACAGGAAGAAUCUUUCAGUGUUUGGGAUGAACACUUCAAAACAAUAUUACUUUUAUUGCUUGAAACCCUUGGGGAUAAAGAGCCUACAAUCAGGGCUUUAGCAUUAAAGGUUUUAAGAGAAAUCCUAAGGCAUCAGCCAGCAAGAUUUAAAAACUAUGCAGAACUGACUGUCAUGAAAACAUUGGAAGCACAUAAAGAUCCUCAUAAGGAGGUGGUGAGAUCUGCUGAGGAAGCUGCAUCAGUGUUGGCCACUUCAAUCAGUCCAGAGCAGUGCAUCAAAGUGCUCUGUCCUAUCAUCCAAACUGCAGAUUACCCAAUUAAUCUGGCCGCAAUCAAAAUGCAAACAAAAGUGAUCGAGAGAGUGUCCAAGGAAACCCUCAACCUGCUUUUGCCAGAGAUUAUGCCAGGCCUAAUACAGGGUUAUGAUAAUUCAGAGAGCAGUGUUCGGAAAGCUUGUGUCUUCUGCCUGGUGGCUGUUCACGCGGUAAUUGGUGAUGAACUGAAACCACAUCUCAGUCAGCUCACUGGCAGUAAAAUGAAGCUGCUGAAUCUUUACAUCAAACGUGCACAGACAGGCUCUGGAGGAGGGGAUCCCACUACUGAUGUUUCUGGGCAAAGUUAAUGAAGCUGACUGAAGUGAACCAGGUCUCUCAAAGAAAGGACAGACAGACCACCCUCAUCAAUGAAAGGAAAUUUUCAAAUACAUCUUCUGGAACUUACCAUUGUUUCCCAGUUUUAGUUUUUUGUUUUGUAUUUUCUGUAACAGAGGGCUAUCCUCAGUCUGCAUGUAACUUUUAUGGUAGAUAUUCCAAAUUCAAGAAGAAGCAGUAUUAAUAUCAGUUGAUCAAUACAAAGUAAUUUUUAAUCUGAUUCAUCAUUUCACGUUUGUACUUCUUUGUCUUCCCAUUAACCUUUGCCAGUGUUAUGAUUGUAUAAAUUUUUUUUAAAUGCUGGUUAAACAGGAAUGCUUAAAGCUUUAAAAGUUUAACAGUCUAAAACUUUUUGUUGCCUUUAUUCAAAUGCAGAAUAAUAUUUUUAUUGCUAUUUUGAAUUUUGUUCCGUAUCAUGUCCUAUGCUAGAAAUAUUGAAAUGAUGUGAAACAAAGCAGGACUAAUUUGAACUACAGCUGGAUUCUGUUGGUGUGAUGGUGAUACAUGUCAUUAGUUGCAACUUCUUUGGGGUGAUCUGUAGUUUAAAACUAAGACCUCAAAGAGAAAUGUUACAGAAUUAGCCAGUUCUGUAAAACUGAUAUUGUUUGUUGGUUAUUGAUCUUGCCAUCUUUAUUUAAAACCAUAUCCCCUCUAAGAUCCUUUAAGAAAGCUGCACCAAAUCAUCUGCCUGUUUUUUUCUUCAUACUUAUUAAAAUAGAAGGUUUCAUUGCAGGAUUUUUUGGUUUGUUUAUCUUUGUUGUGAAUGAUGCUUUUUUUGUAUUUAUUAAUAUCAAAUUCACUUAUGAAUAAACUUGAUAAUAGAAACAGACAAAAAGAAAAUCAAGUGCAUGUGUGUCCUUGACAGUCUUCUGUUUCUCAUUUAAUAAACUAAUUAUUGAGACAUGGGAGUCGACCAGCACCUUUUCUUUAAAUGGUGGAACCUGGUUUCCUUUUACCGUGAAAUUGUCUUACUUGAAAACGUUGAUCCUGAUGAGAGAGAAGAUGGUGCCAAGGCUGUUAUCUCUGUAUAAUGGGCUCAAAUUCUCUACCUCUUCAGGGCUAAUACUUUUAACUGAGCUGCUGCCUACAGUGUCUUUUGGAAAACUACUUAAAGAGUGAUUUUCUGUUACUUUUUAACAAAUUUUUUUAAUCACCUUUUGCUACACCUGUUCUUUUCAUGUGCAGCCAACUUUCAAAAAUUACCAGUUUGGGUGAAAGGCAAAUUAGAUAAUUUGGAACCAGGAUGCUAAUUUCUCAUCUUGACUUUUUUUUUAAAUCCUAACAUAAAGUGAAUUUGACUGGAAAGGCAAAUAGCUAUUAGGGAGGCAGUUUGCUAUUGUUACAGAGUUAUCUGUACUUUCUUUGUUUAAUUGAAAAAAUGUAGAAAUGUAUGUAAAGAAUUUAAGAGGAGUACUGAAUGGAUAAUCUGUCAUAGGCUUUUACUUCCUUUGUUUCUGUUCUAGCAGCAGGAAAUAGUUUCUUUAUAUCCCCGCUCCUUUACCUGUAACAAUUUUGUUUUCUACUGUUAAUUACAUUGUGUAUUUAUAGUUCUAUGCUUACUGUUGUGCAUAUACUGGCAAUAAAACUGUACAUAACAUUACUUGAAAAAAU